UGCGGCAUGACUUUACACUACGGUCGGCAUAGUUACGUAGCGAAUUCGACUUUAAUUUGUAAGAAAUUUGUGCGUCAAUAUGGCUGAUGCCGAUAACAUGACGACAUCGACGGUGAUGUCGGUGCCCCACCGGUCGCCAACACCUGAGCUGCAUGCGGUGUAUACCUCUCUUGAACUUCUGGUGGCUUUAGUAGCGGUGAUAGGAAAUGCAAUGGUGAUACAUGUGUUUCGUGCCGACCGUAGACUACGAAGGCGAACAAACUAUUACAUAGUGUCAUUAGCCGUUGCGGAUUUCCUAGUUGGCCUUCUCGGAAUACCGUUCGCUAUCUUGGCUUCAGUCGGCCUACCAAGGAACCUACACGCAUGUUUGUUUACGGUAUCGUUGCUGGUUAUGCUAUGUACCAUCAGCAUCUUCUGCCUGGUAGCGGUGUCUGUGGACCGUUACUGGGCAAUAUUACAUCCCAUGUGCUACUCGAGGAACGUGCGCACGAAAACUGCUAUCGUGAUAAUAUCUGUAUGCUGGGUAGCAGGAUCGCUAGUGGGACUACUCCCCCUCUUCGGAUGGCACGCAACCGUGGAUCCUGAGCUUGGAUGCUACUUCGUCGAAGUCAUGGACUAUAACUACCUGGUGUUCCUGUAUUUUGCUACAAUCGUCACUCCCAGCGUAUUGAUGACAGCAUUUUAUGCGCACAUUUAUCGUGUUGUUGUUAAACAGAUGAGCGAAGUAAUGACGGUGGGGGGCAGUCACGGUCGCACGGCAGGCGGCACUAUGUUGCGGGUGCUCGGCGCUGCUCAGAAACGCGAAGUGAAGGCCACGCAGAACCUCGCCAUCAUAGUCUUCUUUUUCAUCAUCUGCUGGAUCCCACUUUAUACCGUAAAUGCAGUCAAGGCGUUCAUGCCCGAGUUAGACAUUCCUAAUCCCUUGACUUAUGUGUGUAUCAUAGUUUCCCACCUAAAUUCCGCAAUUAAUCCCUUACUGUACGCUUAUCAUUUAAGAGACUUCCGAGCCGCUCUUAAAGGACUCAUUUGCACGGUACUUGGAAGGGGAGUCCCUAUUCCAGCCGCGUACAGACCUCCUGUGCCGGUUCGGCGACCAGCUUUAGAGCGAUGCAAUGCUUUAAGAGAGAGGCCAAAGGUCUACGUAAAUUCCCCGGUUUGGUUGAAGAAAGAGGCUGAGAGGAUUGCAUCCGAGGCUGUUGUGGCUUCGACGGCAGAUGUCGAGCCGUUUUUGCCAACUAUUAUUGCGACAGACAGCUCGAGUGGACGUCACACACCUGAGGGUAAGGACAGUGAGGCAGCACUUUAUCACAUACAACCUAAUGUAGAACGAUGUCAGAGUCCAUAUAAAAGAGUGGAAGAACUGAUUCGAAGGGUGCGAAGCGUUAGCGGCGAGCACAGCUGACACGAGCCGAACCGGGCCUGCCCGGUCUUUAAUAGUGUUAAUUGAAAGCUUUAAAUUGUCUCAGUGAAGACGAAUUCCUACGAGAGAUUACAACAAUAUUAUACCAUAGAAGUUUAGAAUAGUUUCUAUUGUAUAUAAGAAAGAAUAUCUGUCUAUUUAUGGAAGUAAAUACCCUACAU